AGCGGCGGCCAAUGGGCGAGCGCGGGGCAGGUGCCCGCUAACUCGCGCCUCGCACGGCGGCGGCCGAGGCCCGGCUGGGCAGUGCGGGGAGGACCCGGGGCGGGGGUCGGUCCAGGCUGGACUCCGCAGGGAGGGAGCCGGGCUCAGCCUCCGGGCCAUAGGGGCUGCGGGCCGCCUCGCUCGAAGCAGCGCCGGUGCCCGCGCAGGAAGCCACCGGCUCGGCCGCAGAGGCCCGCGCGCCUUAGCUGUGCGCGGUGGCCCGGCCGGGUGUUCGCUAGCUCUCACGCCCCUGGCGGCUCAGCGCCCGGCUAGCCCGCAGCAGCUGAGCGCGGGCGGGCGGAGGAGGUGAGGGGUGCUGGUGUGUGUGCAUGUGCCUGGCUGGGUGCACACCCCGCACGGCGGCGGCGCCUGGACGCGGAGCGCUCCCCAGAGCCCGGCUUCCAGGCUCGGCUCUGGCGGCCGCGACCAUGUUCCAGCCCACGGCCAAGCGCGGCUUCACCAUCGAGUCCUUGGUGGCCAAGGACGGCGGCACCGGCGCGGGCACUGGCGGCGGGGGCUCGGGUUCUCACCCUCUGGCACCGGCUGCCUCAGAGGAGCCGCUCCGGCCCACGGCACUCAAUUACCCGCACCCCGGCGCGGCCGAGGCGGCCUUCGUGAGCGGCUUCCCCGCUGCCGCCGCGGGCGCCGGCCGCUCGCUCUACGGCGGGCCGGAGCUCGUGUUCCCCGAGGCCAUGAAUCACCCCGCGCUGACCGUGCACCCGGCGCACCAGCUGGGCGCCUCCCCGCUGCAGCCCCCGCACUCCUUCUUCGGCGCCCAGCACCGAGACCCUCUCCACUUCUACCCCUGGGUCCUGCGGAACCGCUUCUUCGGCCACCGCUUCCAAGCCAGCGACGUGCCCCAGGACGGACUGCUCCUGCACGGCCCCUUCGCGCGCAAGCCCAAGCGGAUCCGCACGGCCUUCUCGCCCUCGCAGCUGCUGCGCCUGGAGCGCGCCUUCGAGAAGAACCACUACGUGGUGGGCGCCGAACGGAAGCAGCUGGCCGGCAGCCUCAGCCUCUCGGAGACACAGGUGAAGGUGUGGUUCCAGAACCGAAGGACAAAGUACAAGCGGCAGAAGCUGGAGGAGGAGGGGCCUGAGUCUGAGCAGAAGAAGAAGGGCUCCCACCACAUCAACCGGUGGCGCAUUGCCACGAAGCAGGCCAACGGGGAGGACAUCGAUGUCACCUCCAAUGACUAGAGCAGGCAGCCACGAACCCAUGAGGGCAGAGUGCUGCUCACCGCUGACCAGGCCCCUGGCUGGGCCCAGCUGGACUCUGGCCACAACCCUGUCGGGUGUGGGGGAGACCUCUAGUCACAGCCCCACAGGGCUUGGAGCCUGGGGCCACUGCUGACAGAUGGACAAGAAAUGGGCUGGCUGAGACCUGGGACUGCUCGACCUUCUCCUCGGAGAGCCUACCUGCCUGCCUGGACAGGCCAUCGGCCACUGCAGCCGCUCUCUUCCUCUCAUCUCUUUUUCGUUUUGAUGCCUUCCUGUUUUAAUUUAUUUUCCAGGUGCCCACUGUAGUUCCUAGUGAUCCCUUUGUGUCUCCCUUCCCUAUGGGAACAAUAAAAGUCUCUCUCUAAA